AAUCAUGCUACCGUCAGGCGGUCACGGAGGUGGCUUACAACACCAUGAACGAGUCCCCAGGCAAGCGGGAGUUCCUUGAAGCAUAUCAACUUGCGCGGAAGAAGAAGAUGAACAAGGAGAACAUCUUGGCGGGCUUCAAGGGCACGGGUCGGUCUCAUCGCAGCUGGACGACAUGCAGCGUAUCGACCACGAGGGCAACGACAUUGGCAAUAUCGACUUUUUCAAGCACGAGAAGGAGUUCUUUGGCACCGCUCCCUCUGUCCUUAGCAGGCACGACCUGACCAAAGUAUUCUACGAGGCCCUCCCAGAAUCUACCAAGGCCCGCCUACUGCCGAAUAAGCGUGUCGCCACCAUUGCCUCCAACGCUACCGACGAUGGUGUUAUUAUCACCUGCCAGGAUGGCAGCAAGUUCGAGACGCGCCUCGUAAUCGCGGCCGAUGGCGCACACUCGACCGUCAGGGAACAAAUGCGUAACCUCGCACUCCAGUACAACGCCUCUCUCCCCGAAGGGGUCGUACCGGUCCCAAUCAAUAAGGAGCAGCCGUACCUGACCACCUUCCGCUGCUUGUGGGUGCGCUUCCCAUCCAUCCCCUCUAUCCCUACCGGGACUACGAGCGAGACCCACGGCCCGGGCGCCGCUACGCAAUCCUUUGCCGCCGCCGAUACGACCGCCACGGGCGUCUACGAGCGCCUUGACAAGCCCACCAAAGAGCGCGUACGGUGGACGCAGGCUGAUAAAGAGGCCUGCGUCGCUAAGUGGGGACACCUCCUCGUGGCCAAGGGCAGCACUAUCACCAUCGGCGAGGCCUAUGCCGCGAGCACCGAGUCCGGCAUGGUCAGCCUCGAGGAAGGUGUGGUCGAUAACUGGAGCUUUGACGGGCGCGUCGUGCUUACGGGCGACGCGGCGCACAAGUUCACCCCCAGCACCGGGGCCGGGUGUAACAACGGUAUCGUCGACAUCGUGGCCUUCGUCAACGAGCUCUAUACUAUCCUCCCCUCAUCCGUAUCCGCAGAGGCCACAGCCAGGCAGCCUAGCAAGAAAGACGUCGGCGCCGCGCUAGAGCGAUACCAGAGCAAGAGGCACGCCGCCGUGGUCGCGGCCGGCGCGGCCUCGGGGCAGGCGACCAAUGCCGCGUCGUGGGCCAACUGGCCGACGUCCCUGCUCGACCGGUACGUCGUUUCGAACAAAAUGAUGCAGAGGUACGUGGCCAGCAAGCUGUUGACAGCGUCAGCGAUCAACACGCCUGUGUUCAGCUUCAUUGAGGGUGAGGACCGUAAGGGCGGCACCAUGGCCUGGGUCGAGCCGAUGACGACGCUCUCGCGCGCCGUUGCCGCGGUGUAGGGAUGGAAGGUGAAGUGUGACGACGUAGGACCAAAAGGGGAUUGUUUGGGCUGGCGGGCAGGACAAACAAGGCCGCAGCACCGGGCCAUGGACAAGGGCAGAGCUGCGAAGGGUCACAGGAAAAUUACAUAAGCAAUCCAGCCUUGGGGCCCGACGCUUGGCAGUCGGCCAUGCGACAAGAAGUUGUCGGACAAGCGACAACUGGAUGUCGGCACGAUGAAGGACAAAGGAAUAUAUAGACAGGAGGAUUUCCUAGAUAGUUAGUUCUUACCUUUAGACUUCAGCG